AUGGCGGGGAACUUGUGCAGGGAGGGGAAAAGGGGAUCCGGAUGUGCACAGAGGGGAUCAGACUGUGCACAGAAGGGAAUGGAGGUGAGUUGGGCAGCCACGAGGGGGGACUAUAGGGAUCUGAGCAUGCAGUGACGGCUGCAGCUGCUCCAGGCCCUCUCGGAGGGGAACAGAGAGGUCUGAGCGUGCACAGUGGGGAACAGCAGGGCUUAGAGCGCAUAAGGGGGACCCGAGACAGGAGGGAUUGGGAUGCAUGGGGGGAAUGGUGACAAAUAGCAUGGACUGAAGGGCAGCGGAGAGAAUCCCAGCAAACACGUGGGUCAGGAGGGGUCUGAGUGUGCACAGGGGGAACAGAGGGGAUCAGGGUGUGCAAGGAGUGAUGUGGAGCUGGUCAGAACGUGCGGUGGGUAAUAGAGGGGAUCAGAGGGGACAGACCAAAUCUGAGCACUCUGCGGGGAUAAUGGGAACGAAAGGGGACACCAGGGAAACAGGAGCAGUGGGUUUGCAGACAGGCCUGGGGAGGGCAUAUGAGUGCACACCGAAAUAGAGGGGAUCAGCGCGCGUGGCCGGGAGUGGUGCGCGGAUGGGACCAGCGUGGAAUGGAGAUUGCAGAGAGGCCUCUGAGGAUGCAUGGAGGGGAACAGGCUUAGGGCUCCUGGAGGGAAUGGGCUGCAUAAAGCAGAGAGUUGUGGGGAAAAGAGCACUUGGAGGGCAAGGGGGGAGAUGUGAGCACAAAUGAGGGGAACUGGGAAGCAUCGGAGCACAUGGAGGGUAAAGGAAGGGAUUUAAGCACAUAUGGGGGAUGGAGGGGAUCUGGAGGCACGGGAGGGAAAGGGAGGCGUUUGGAAGGCACACGGAGGAGUGGAAGGAAACUAUGUACCCACCAUGGGUGAAGCAGAGGGGUCUGAGCCUGCACCAGGACAGUGGAGAAGAACAAGAGUGAAAUGGAGGAGAGCUGAGCAGGUACGGAGGGGAUGGGCACACUUGCACAGGGAUCCAAUUGUGCACAGAGAUCUCAGACAGGGAGUGGGGCCUGAGCAGCGGUGGCCAAGGGGGACCAGAGUGCGGCCGGGGAGCCGGGGCUGGGGCCGGGCUGGGCACCGCCGCAGGGCCCUGGGAGCGGGCUGGAGGACGAAAGGAAGGGCUCUGGAGGGAAGGGGUGCUUGGAGGGCUGCGGGUGGGACCAUGGCGCAGACUUAGCGCUGCGGAGCAUCCCAGAGCGCAAGGGUGAGCCCUGCGGGGGCGCGGAGCAAGGAGGCGGGGGACCCAGGGGGACCAAAGAGUGACCCCAGGGCUUUGGAGGGAAUCGGAGCUGGAAAGGAUGGCUUGAGGGGGGACGGUGCCAAGGGAGGGGCCUGGGGGCAGGACGGGGGCAGGCGGAGCACCCCGCGGCACCCUCGCUUUCCCCAGCGGGGCUGUGGCUGGGUUGGUGCCGCGGUGGCAGCAGGGACGGCAGGGGACACGUCCCGCGGGGAGGCCCUGCUGCCUUCCGGGGGCCCAGGCCCCGGCUCUGAGGAGCCCCACGGCGGGCAGGGUGCUCCGGCCGGGAGGUAACUAAGGAUGUUCGGAGCUGGAUCACCGAAACUUCCCCGGGGCUGGGGCGCCCCUGGCAACGGUGUUGUGCUGCCGGUCGCCUUGGCUCCCUGCUUCCCACACUGCUCCUCGCCCAGCCCUCGGCACGGAGGCACCGGGAAAAUCCCUCCCAGCAUGGCCUUGGAUGUGGAGGAAUACUUGCGGACAGCUUUCCGGGACAAGCUACGGCUGCAGAAGGCGCCGGCGUGGGCCGCGGCGUCGCUGCUGCCCUCCACGCGGCUGCUGCUGAAGCGGCGCCAGGCGGCCGAGGCGGAGCGGGCGCUGCAGGCCCAGCGGCAGGCCUUUCGGCAGAGGAUGGCGAGCCUGGAGCAGCGCCGGCGGGAGCUGGCCCGCAGGGAGGAGCAGCUCGCGGAGGAGGUCCGCAAGUUCGACGCCUUCCUCGAGGCCUCGGCGGCCAAGCGGGAGCGGGCGCUGCGGCGGGCGCGCCAGGAGCGGGAGCGGGCGGCGCAGCGGGGUGCCGAGGCCGCCCGCCUGCGCGGGGAGCUGGCGGGGCUGCUGCGGCGGCGGCGGCACCUGGGCCGGCGCCUGCGGAGCCACCGCGUCUUCGGCGACUACCUGCGGAGCGUGCUGGCGCGGGCGGCGCAGUUCCCGGACGUGCCGGCCAUGCUGGCCCGCUUCCGGGCGCUGGCGGGGGCGCGGGCGGCCCUGGCGCGCCGGGCGGAGGCCGGGCAGGAGCGGCUGGCGGCGGAGCAGGCCCGGCUGCGGCGCUACCGCGAGGAGGCCGGCGGCGAGCUGCUGCGGCGGAGCAACGAGCUGGCCCAGCUGCAGGCCCGCCUGGAGGCCGCCCGGCGCGAGGUGCAGCAGGAGGAGACCCACUGGACCCACAUCCAGACCACAGCCGUCCAGAAGACCCUGCUGCUGGGGCAGAUCCGGAUGGCAGUGCUCAACCUCUUCCAGCUGGCCACCAAGCAGCUCAAGGUCCCGGCAGACGUGGCCCUGGAGGACACGGAGGCCCAACUGGACACGGUGCUGCUCUGCAUGCAGGACCUGGCCGCCAUCUGUGCCGAGCUGUGCCCCGGGGAGCCUGCUGCUGCCCGCAAGCGCCCGCCUCUGCCUCCGGCCCCUCCGAGCCAGGCAUAAACUCCCGCUUGGAGAAGAGCCGCCCACUCCGGGGGCUGGGGGGAGGCUGCCUCGGUUGGUGCUGGGCCCAGCGGGUGAUCCUGGCCAGGACCUCCAGCGAAUGCCUGGGCACCAAGGUUGCUCCCCAACUCCAACACGUCUGGGAAGCCCUCCACGCUCACAGGCGAUGCAGGUGGCAGCGGGACAGGCAGCUGUGGAGCACCGGGAUGGCCCUGAUUCGAAUCAGGGCCUGGGAGGAGGAGAGCUCCCCAGGGCCAAUCCUGGGAUGGGUGCUGCGGUGGCAGCAGGACCUGGGGCCGGGAGGAGGAAGGGGGAGACGCGGCUCAUGUGUAUGCUGUUGGUAUCGCCUAAACCUGUCUCUCGUCAAAAUACAACCCAGCUCCUGGGCCCAGAGCA